AUGAGGUUUACCAACAUAUCAGUCAAACUUCUUGGUAUAGCGAUAGCUUGCGUGCUACCAACAUGUCAAGCCGCACCAACAUGCCCUCUGGAGGGACCAGUAUUUCCCAAACCGUUACGCCUCGCGAGUAGCGAGGCAAUGAAGGUGGCUAUUUCCAACUUGACCGAGACGUUCAAGGGAAUUACGGGAGGCGCCCAGAACUAUUCUUUCGCUCUUCAAGUCUUCUCGGCACACGAUCCGGACCCCGUUUUCUCAGUACUUCAUACAGCACCAAAGUUGGCAACGUUGAAUACUACGGGUGUUAAGAAGGUUGAUGAGGACACUGUUUUCCGCGUGGGAAGCUUGACCAAGAUCUACUCGAUUUACCUAUUUCUUAUAAACGCCGGCGAUAAAGUAUGGAACGAGCCCAUUACGAACUACGUCCCUGAGCUACGGGAAUUGAUAAACGGCUCGGAUCCCGUGGUUAAUACUGACUGGGAACGAGUAACGAUUGGAGGUCUGGCAACACAAAUGACAGGUGUUCCUCGAGAUUACAAUGUGGUUCAAUAUGGAUUUCCCCCACUGAGUGCUCAAGAACAACCUCCUUGUGGAGAUUAUCCUCUUUGCAGCCGAAAACAGUUCUUCACCGGCCUUAGCACAUUCUAUCCGUAUAUAAUGCGCUGCCACCGAAUUAACGAGACACAUUCAAGCGGAUACGCCUUAGAAACCAUUACUGGGAAGACCUACGAGACCCUUCUAGAGGAGACGAUUCUCAAGCCCCUGGGUUUGAAUAACACAUUUCUAAGAGCGCCUGAGCGUUCACGGGGACUCAUACCAGGCCACCCUGACGUGACAGGAUGGACAUUCGACCUUGGUGAGGCCGCAGGAGCCGGCAACAUCUACACUUCCAUAGAGGAUUUAUCGAAAAUCGGACGUGCAAUACUCAGCUACGAGCUCCUUGACCCUGUCAUCACGAGACGCUGGCUCAAGCCGUUCUCAUUCUCUACCGACCCACACGCCUCGGUUGGUGCCCCGUGGGGUGCGAGAAGGAUCAAUGUUGCGGGUCAGCCGUACCGCUGGAUCACGGCAUUCAACAAAGCCGGGAGAAUCAGUGAUUAUAGCUCUGUCCUAGCAAUAAUCCCGGAUUACGAUAUCGGCAUAUCGGUUUUAUUAGCGGGAGAGCUGCCGCCAAAUGCAAACUUCAACCUGCUAGACAUUAUUGGGGAAGUUCUCAUCCCAGCAGUUGAGCAAGCAGCCCGGGCCGAGGCGGACGCCGCUUUCAGCGGGCGCUAUGCAUUCGCCAACACGGGACAGCGCAACUCAUCGAUGACAAUCAAGACAGAUGCCGAGCCGGGUCUGAGUGUAUCACAAUGGAUUAGCAACGGAACAGAUUUCCUCUGGACGUCUACAGUGCUUCAAAACGGCUACUUGCCCCUGGUGCCGCGCGUGCGGCUGUAUCCCACGGGACUCGAAAGCCAGACCGCCAACGGGACGACAAAGGUCGUCUUCAAGGCGGUAUUCGAGGAUGCGAAUCAGCCGUCACAGGCAAAGGCCAUGUUCUCGACGGACUGCGCGACGUGGAUCAAUGUCGCGUCCGUCAUCUAUGGGUCUGCAGCUAUGGACGAGCUGAUCUUCGAAGUGGAUUCUAAGGGGAAGGCGAUUAGCAUUACGUCACCGUCUUUGCGGGUGACUCUAGACAAGAAAUAG